GGGGGUUGCCCGCGGGGCGCGACUCCCGCGUUGACAAGAUCGGCGAGCUUAGUUUCGAGCCGUCCGAGUCGGUCGCUCCGUCAUGUCGACGACCACGACCCCCGGCGCCCAGAACCGCCGCGUCCGCUACGCCCGCUCGUCGACGGUGAGCGUGACCCAGCUCCUCCAGGACUCGUGCUCCAGCCUCAUCAACCGGAUCACGGCCCGCGUCCGCGGACCCUCCACCUGCCCGACCCCCUCGGAAAAGCUCCUCGGCCGCACGUCCACCCGUAAACAGUACGACGGCCCCCUCAGCGUCUACAAAUGCUCGGACAAGUACACGGACCUGUGCUCGAGCCCGCGGCUCCACCGCGGGCGGACCUACGACAUGCUGGCCCUCCACCGGGAGCCGGUCCACAUCCCCCUGUCGAAGCCGCUUCGGCUGCGUGACGACCCGGAGCCUGAGUCGGUGGAAGCGCGCGUGGAGCGGAAGGCCCGCUCCAAGGCGGCCGAGUCCAAGUACUCGUACCAGCGUUCCGUCGAGUUCUCGCAGGAGAAGCGGAGUCUCCGCCCGUUGAUGAAAAGUGCGACGACGGUGGUGCUCUCGGAGAAAGCGUACCCGUUCGUGUCGAUAGCGGCACCUCGCGGCGCGACGCGGAACCGAACGCCGUUCCGGAGCAGCCGCCCGCGGCUCAAGUCCUGCCACAACGCCGAGGCAGCGACCGCGGGCGCGACCCCGAAGGGCGGCAAGGAGAACAAGCUGGCCGCCUGCGUCUCGGCCAUCGAUAUCGAUGCUGAGGCGGGCGACGCGCUGAGCCCGGCCCCGGCUCCGGCGCCGCUCACCGAGCGGGAAGCCAAACGGAAGGAGAUCCAGAGCCUCAUCCAGAAGUACGUGGGGGUCGCGCAGGACGACGAGGAGGGCGCUCCCGCGGGGGAGCAGAGCGCGCUCGUCAAGUGUCAACAGAAGUACUCGGCCAUCCUAGCCAGCUCAAGAGCGCCCUCUGUAGAAGACGACGGAGACGGACACUUGAUUUACCGGCAAGGGGACAUUCUCCAGGACAGAUAUAAUAUCCUAGCUACGCUCGGUGAAGGCACCUUUGGGAAAGUUGUUAAAGUCAAGGAUUUGACCAAUGAUAACAUCAUGGCUCUCAAAAUCAUUAAAAAUGUUGACAAGUACCGAGAAGCUGCAAAGCUAGAAAUCAACGUUCUAGAAAAAUUAGCCGAAAAAGAUCCAGAUAGCAAACAUUUAUGUGUCAAAAUGCUGGACUGGUUCGAUUAUCAUGGUCACAUGUGCAUUGCAUUUGAAAUGCUAGGAUUAAGCGUCUUCGACUUCUUGAAAGACAACAACUAUCAGCCGUACACACUUGAACAGGUGCGGCACAUUUCGUAUCAGCUCUGCUAUUCUGUGAAAUUCCUGCACGAUAAUCGAUUGACACAUACAGACUUGAAGCCUGAGAAUAUUCUAUUCGUCAAUUCUGAUUACGAUGUCAUCUACAAUAGCAAAAGAUUUGACCCUUUUCAGAAAAAAGAAGUCAAGAGGAUUAAAAACACGGAUGUGAGGCUAAUAGAUUUCGGAAGCGCUACGUUUGACCAUGAGCACCACAGUACCAUUGUAUCAACGAGGCACUAUAGAGCUCCAGAAGUGAUUUUAGAAUUAGGUUGGGCGCAGCCGUGUGAUGUUUGGUCCAUUGGAUGUAUCAUGUUUGAACUCUACUUGGGUAUCACUUUAUUCCAAACGCAUGAUAACAGGGAACAUUUAGCCAUGAUGGAAAGAAUUUUAGGACCGAUUCCAUAUAGAAUGGCACGGAAAACUAAGGUGAAGUACUUCUAUCAUGGGAAAUUGGAUUGGGAUGAAAAGAAUUCUGCUGGUCGCUAUGUCCGUGAUAAUUGCAAACCUUUGAUGCGGUAUAUCAAUGAAGAAGAUGAAGACCACAAGCAGUUAUUUGAUCUGAUCUCACGCAUGCUCGACUACGAGCCAAGUUCACGUAUCACGCUUGCAGAAGCCCUUACGCACCCAUUUUUUGAUAAAAUUCCACUCCACCAAACCCUUUUCUCAAGAGAGCGCAGCCACUCAAUAUCCAGGUAUGACAGAAAACGGGCAUCUUGAUUCAUACCAACAAUCCAUGCAGAUCGUCCCAGUUUCAGGGAUUCAUCCCUUGCGCCAAGUUUUGUCCUGGCAGAGCUCCUGCAGAAGAGAUCUAGACAAAGCUGGUUGAGAAAAUCGCCCAUAAUUGCCUAGGAAAUUUAUUAUUCGUUGAAUAUCAUAUUGAUAUUUUCGUAAUUUUAAGCUCACCUGAAGAAUUGAAGGGGGUACAAAUAUAUUUAAAGUUCCUUAAAGAGUGUCUAAAUAUUUUAAAUCUUUAGGACCUGAAAAUUUUCUUAGUUUGAUUUAGUAUCACAGCUGGAACCGUCUUCUUGGUCUAGGAAUCAUUUUAAAAUUCUGUUGUCAUUGAUUAAUGAAUUUAAGAAAGCUCUCUCCAAUAGCAUUAAGAAUUUUCAGAGCCAAUUCUACUGUGAUGUUGCUUUAAAUUUUUAUAUAUAUAUAUACUUAUGUGUGUGUAAAAAGCUCCAUUAAAAAACCAAUGAGACAAGUAAACUUAUAUUUUCAUUUUGCUGUGUUAAAGAUUUUUUUUCAGUUAAAUCAUAUAACGUAAGAAAAAAAGCCCAUUUUAUGCUUUUCUGCAACUCCAUAAACCAUGUAUAAUUAACCGCCUUGGUAACGGUGUUAAUUUUAUAGCCUUAUUCUACCAAAGAGAAUGGAACUGGCGAUUUUGAGAUUUUAAGCCUUAUUUUUUGCUUCCAAUAAUAAUUUCAUGCUAGCUUUCCAUUUAAGUUAACAUGAAAAGCUAUCCUCGUUUGGCUUAUUCUUUGUCUCAACACCAUUUUCAGCCAGCCUUGUCCCUCUCUAAAGUUGACGGCUUUUAAAUUGUUUCAGUGUCUUUUCUUUCUCCCCCCUAUUGUCAAACCCCCUCUCACAGUUGUUAUUUCUUUAGUGAACAGACUGAAGAAUGUCAAAACGUUUAAUCUAAGUGGUCAUUCCGACUCCAUUCUAUAUAAAUACCUUCUUGUAAAUGGAAGGAUUUCAAAAUCAAUGUGUCAACGUCUUUUUAGUUGUUGGUGAAAUUCCCAGGUUGUUUAUGAUUGGAACCAUUCUCAAUUUAUAGCAAGAUUAUAGAAUCAACCCAAAUACUUAAUCCCUUUCAUUUAGGCGGCUUCAAUUUUCAGAAAUUUCAUUCCCAAGGAUUCCUAAGAAUUUUAAAAGAUGAUUAUCUGCUAAGAAUGAAAAGUUAACAUUGUCUCAAAUAAAAAAAAAUCUAUCAACUCAUUGUCAAACUUUCCUAUAUUCAGGAAUUUCUGUUUCUUCUAAGAAUGCCUUCAAUUCGAUAUACUUGCCAAAUUUUGCCAUCGUUUUUUCUUCAUCACAACGAAAAUGAUGACAUUGUAGAAAUGAAAAUUCAUGGCCAAUGAAAAUGUGCUCUAUAAAAAUCUGUAACACGUGUUGUCCAACACAAAGUGGAUAAAGUGAAAUUGAAAAAUUAAGGACAUUUCGAGAGAAUUGGAUAUUUCAAGUUUCCUGACGAAGUUUUUAUCACAAACAAAUUCAGUUCUGGGCUCUAUGAAAGAUCAGAUGUGAUUAGCCCAAGGGGAUAAAAUGGCGUCACAGUUCAGUGUACCAAGACAGGUGUAGUAGUCAAGGCACCGAGCUAAUUGAUUUUUUGUAAUUUUUUUUACAUUUUACCAUGGUUUUCCCUGUUUUGGUUUCAUUUUUUUGAUUUUUGAAAGCAGUUUCCUCUGAACAGUCAGGAAGAAGUUUUAAUUGCUAAUGAAAGUGAGCUAAAAAUAUCCGUAAUUUUGAACUGCUUCUUUACUGUGAUACAGGUUUUCUCCGUUUUUGCAGUGUUUUCUGUACUUAAGCUUUGACAACCAUUUUCCUACCCUAUUUGCUCGAUAGUAAGACAAACUUUCUUGCUUGUUAUCAGGUGAAGGCGGGCCAUGCCGUUGUGACCACAUGAUCCCCUUAGCGCAACUAUGUGGUACGACGGCUCCUCGGGAUAUGAUUAUGUUCACGCCUCUUCAUUCUCAAUUUGACUGUUGUUUGUCAUGAUUCCUUUGCGAAAUCCUCCUAUCAAAGUAUUUCCUAGUCCUCUCUCUGUUGAGCUACUGCUUGCUGAGUACCCUGUAGUUGAAGAUAUUUGUCAAAAUGGAGUGAACUGUCAAAUACCGUAUGCACUCAAGUAUAAUGUACACCUUCCUAUUCUGAAGUCAGAAAUCCUGCUGCGGGUUGUGUAUGGAGAUAAAGAGAAUAACUUGAUACCUGCCUGUGGCUCCGAAAGAACCCAGAAAAGGUGAUAGCCUUAGCUAUAGCACAACAGCAGGUUUGGACGAGCAUCACUCCAUUGCAAA